AUGGAUUCUCAGCUCCCGACCGCCUGGGCCUCGUACAAGGGCAUCCCGAGCGCCUUGAAAAAAAGGGUCGACUCGUGUUUUAAGAGGCUUGACACGACGCCAGCCCUCGAAGAGGCCAAGAGAAUUUUCGGGAGGGAGUUCGAACCUGCACCCACAUUCUCAGCAGGGCGGAAGUGGCUUUGCAUGCAGCUUUUAUCUAAACCGAAAAGCGGCGAGGAAAACGGCCUCACAGUCGUCUUGCGCGUGAGAAUACCGCCCGCGAGAGGUGAAAUUCUUACUGAAGCAUUCAUGAGGAAUGAUAAUGCCGGGUUCUUUCGCGAACAAAUCAAUGCAAAGGUAAUGGGGGAGCACAUGAAAAGUAUCCGGAUACCAAAGAUCUACCAUGUCUCUCCAUGGGGCUCGGCACCCGCCGAAAAGGCCGGGUAUCCCUUUAUGCUGAUGGAACAUAUGGGUGGUAACAAACUGAGGGACAUUUUGCGGCGCAAGGAGAUCGAGUCAUUUUCGAAGUUGGAUACUGCGACACAAGACCACAUUAUGUCUCAGUGGGCUGCCAUGGUCGUGGAAAUGUCCAUGCUCAAAUCCAACCUUAUUGGUCCUGCUGCAGCCGAUGAUUCCGUGUCUGACGCCAGCGGCACCUGCCUGGGUAACCCGACGAUGAUAUACGACUCUACCGACUGUGGGCUAUUCACUCACCCCUCGCUAUACUUUGCAUUCAACCUAAAAGAAAGAAUUGAGAAGCUUAACAAGGCCAGAGAGGACCAACCUGAGUCUCAACCAACCGAUGUCACAGCGGAGUUCCUCGGCGUAAUGGUGUUUGGAGAUAUUUUGCUGGAACAUUUCAAGGGAAAAGACGAGACACAACUCGCUGAGUUCCCGUUGGUGCAUAGAACACUGACUGACAAAAACAUCUUGAUGGAUGAUGAGUUCAACUUUGUGGCUCUCGUCGACUUGAAAGAUGCAGUCUUUCUUCCAGAAGAACUGCAAGAGUCGUACGUCUGGGAUUGGUGGAUUAAGAAUGAUUCCAAUACCAAGUACCAUUCUAUGCUCCUCAGAGCUGAAGAGAACGAGAGGAAGAAAGGGCGCGUACUCCACUCCCCCCUCAGCAAGGUAACGGAUAACAAGCUCAAAACAGCCUUCAAGCUAUACAACAAUCUAGGGGUUAAUCUCUCCAACGAUCCCGAUAUUGUGAUGAAACUAUUGGGCUUGGUUCGAAAACCAGACAAAUACGAACCGAUGCACUAUCUUGCUGGAUGUGUUACUAGGCAUUGGUCUAGUUGCUACGGGAUAUCUGUGGAUUGUGCGAACCAUUCAGAGACGGGUAGAGUGGCCUUUGAGGAUGUCAUAAGAAUCAUGUACCCUGAAGCGGAUGACGGCCGGUACACUGACUUGGCGAAUAAAGGUUAUCGUCACAGUCUCAAACAGAUAUUCUUGAGUUCAAUUCGUUGGGCAAAGCUAGCCAGUUUAUAG